CUCUCACUCAAGACAACACUUAACCGUAGGCGGCUUCGGCAUAGGCUACACACAUAGGGUCCUGCAUAGAGUGUAGAGGUGUAGCAAUAACAUGACAAUGUAUUGUGCGAGGAAACACGAGCUGGUAUCGUUGUUGACAUGAGGGCAUGCCUGACUUGUCCCUAGAUGAGAUCUGUGCGACAAGGACCAACCGCGCACGGAACACUUCGUCAUUGAUCAAUGCUAAUUGUUAAUUCUCUGAAUGCGAAUACAAUCAUUUCCCCCAUCAUUAUUAAUGACAAGAUGUCAAACAAAACAUUUGGAUGACUCGAACUGCGCCUCGAUAGGAUUUCAAAUAACAGGGAUUUGGGCAGGUAUGCGCAAUUUUGAUGUUCUCAUUGGAAUGCGCUCAUUUUGGGUAUAAACAAAAACAUGUGAUGCUGAAGCGCAUCUGCACUACCGGCGAGAAUAAUUCGACUAUUUGACUGUGUGCACUUUUGUUGUCAUUGGAUUCGUGAUAACUCAUCCAGCGGGAUUCUGAGCCUGUGAAACCACUUACAGUUCGUCUUCGAUUUGAGAUGCUGGCGAUUACCUGCACUUUAAUUUUAGCGCUCAUGCAAAGCGGGACAGCCUCGAGGUGUGUAGACCAUGCCUGCAGUCCUCCCAUGGGCAACCUGGCCAGUGGCAGGACCCUCACAUCCAUCUCAGGCUGCUGUGGGAAUGGGUCCCAACACUCCCCAUGCCCAACUCUCCUCCACCCCUGUCCAGUUGACCCUCACCCACCUGCCCACAUGGUGGAUGAUCCCUUCCAGCACCCAGCCACCUGGUGGGCCUCGGGCAUGGGCACUGACCAGGAGGAGGAGGUCCGUCUGGACCUGGAGACUCGUUUCUGUCUGACCCACGUGGUGCUGCUGUUCCACUCACCCAGGCCCGCUGCCAUGGCCAUGGAGCGCUCGCAGGACUUUGGUCGGACGUGGGAGACACUCAAGCUGUUUGCGCAGAACUGCAGUCUUGCGUUUGGUCUUCCUGAUGACACCGGUCAGCCUGGCUCGCUUUGUACGUCCCGGUACUCCAGUGCCAAGCCGUGCAGCAGGGGAGAGGUAAUAUUCCGGAUUCUGGGCCCUGGUGGAUUAGUUGACCCCUACAGUCCAGAGAGCCUUUCCCAGCUGACCCUCACCAACCUCCGCCUCAGACUUCUCAAGGCCCAGACCUGCCCAUUAUCUGCCGCACCUUCCACCUCUUCUUCCUCCAUUGGACUCUCCUACCCUCCUACGGACCUGAAUCUCCCCCUCCUCCCUUCCCCCCAGCCCAGCUCAGAGCCCCCUGCCUCAGCUCCCUUUUCCAUUUACACUUUCCUGGCUCGAGGUACCUGUCUCUGUCAUGGCCAUUCAGAACACUGUUUACACAGUGGAGGACAGGACAAACUGAAGGACAUGGUGCCUGGCAGGUGUGUGUGCACUCACCACACAGCAGGAGAACACUGUGAGAGGUGUGCCCCUCUAUACAAUGACCGUCCCUGGAGGGCAGCCAACGGCAGCAGUGGGGAGCCACACCCGUGUCACAAGUGUGAGUGUUACGGCCACGCGACAAGCUGUCACUUCUCCCAGAGGGCGUGGCUGUCCUCAGGGGCCACCAGUGGGGGUGUCUGUGACGAAUGCCGACACAACACAGCAGGGCGCAGGUGCCAGCGCUGUCGCCACGGUUACCACCGCCACCCAGCCAUGCCCCUUGGCUCCUCCCACAUCUGCACACGUUGUUGGUGUGACCCACUGGGCUCAUUACCAGCCAGCUCUGGGGAGGAGUGCCCAUGGUGCCACCCCAGGAGUGGACAGUGCCACUGCAGACCUGGUGUGGGGGGAACAAGCUGUAGCCACUGUCUCCCUGGGUACUGGGGCUUUGGGGAAGAGGGGUGCAAACCCUGUGCUUGUCCCCAAAACUGUGACCCCGACACUGGGCUUUGCCUUGACAGCUAUGCAAAUAACCAGGUUUUCAAUGUCCCUAUGGGGGGCAAGAUUCCUGACAUGGACCAUGCCUUGACCAGUGAGGGUGAGGCAGUGUGGUCAAAGGAACUGGCAGUCUCUGCCAUGCACUACACAGGGAAAUGCAGCUGUAAGGAGAGAAAGUUGAGGAGUGUCUCGGAUCUCUGUAAGACCAAACAUGCCUAUGUGAUCAAAGCCAGUGUGUUGUCUGCUCAUGACAAGGGGAGCCACGCAGAGGUACAGGUCAAAGUUCGCAAGGUCCUGCGGUCAGGACAGGUGCCCCUCUCCCAUGGCACACACAGUCUCUACCCCAUAUCCUGGACUAUCCGGGGGUGCACCUGCCCCAUCCUUAAUCCAGGGGUGGAGUACAUGCUGGCGGGUCCAGAGGAGGCAGGGACGGGACGCCUGCUGGUCACCAUGCAGAGUGUGGUGGUUCCCUGGACCUCCCAACUGGGGGCCCACAUAUCAGAGGGCCUAAGGCAGGGCUGCCCCUGAACACCCUCUCCAAACCCAUAACAGAGCACCCUGAAUGGAAAUCACUGGUUCACUAGAUCAUUCAGGAAAGGGACAAACUCAGUGGAUAAGGCUUGACCAAGUUGUCUUGACCAAUAAUUGCUAUGGAAAAUCGUGCCCAUAUAAGACUACAACCCUGCCAUAUGAUGCAAAGAGGAUGGACUGGAUACUGGAAUCUUUAGAGCCUUUCUUAUGAAGAUGAUUUAACUUGAGCUCGUCCUACAUAGACAGACAGACAAACACCCCCCUGGAAUCUACUAGACACAACAAACCCUAGUAUACCAGCUUUUCAGACUGUGUAUAGCCAAAGCCAUGCCUUUUUAUGCCUACCAGGUUCUCAGUACAGUACAAUGCUGCUUUUGACUGCUUUUAGUAUACUGUAUUUUUUUUCAGUGUCCAGUUCCAAUCAUUUAUUUUUCAUGUGUAGUGUGCUAAUGAAAAGUUCAACAAACACACACGCACUUAUUUACAUUUUGAGGCACAUAAAGGCAUCCAUAGGAGAGUGCACUGCUUCCAGUCUGCAGCCUUCUUGAUGAGGGCUCCCCAGGUCAAGCCACUCCAUCUUAUUUUCUAUUGUUCUUCUCCAUGUCUCUUUUGGGCGUCCUGUCUUUCUCUUCAGCGUAGUGCAAUCGCAGGGUUCGCGUUCUGGUGGCAGUCUACACACGUCCCAGCCACCGCCAUCUUUUCUGCAACAAAUAGGGCCUACAGAGUACAUAAAAAGAUCAACCUGAGAAAUGUAAGUGUAAGGAACAUGCAGUUAAUAUCUUAAUCUUUAAAGAUACAAGGUUCAAUGUAUGUGGUGCAGUUUCACCGAAGAAUGAACAAGAUCCCAGAGGACGAAUCACUUUCAAAGCAUCAUGGUCCAGUCGUAUGUUUCAUAGUUUCAUUUGUGUUUGAACAGUAUUUAAACAUAUGGGUAGAAAUGUUUGAAAGAGGUAAUAAGACAUUGUUCAGUGAUAACUUUAAUCAGGACAGGUAAAAGAAUGUACCAGUGCAUUAAAGGCUUGAAAUGACAUGUUUCAAAAGCAGGUGAAGGAAGCACCUUCUAUGUACUCAGUCUUUCUUCAUAAGAACAUGAGUUGUUGAUAAUAGCGGCCAGCACCAAACAUAUUUGACCUUCCAGGACCUGUGGCACCUAACCAGAAGAGUCAUAUCUCAAAGGCUCAAAUCCUGAGAUUUAAACACACUGUAUCUCACAUUUUCACAUGAAUCCUGCAUUGAUGUCAUUGCAUUACAAACACGCUAUGGCUGUCUGACUAAAACAGAAUCUGUGUUAAAAGGUCUUUUUUUGACACCUUGUUUCAAUGUUUCAAGUUCCUUGCAGACAGGCCACAAGUGGCCAAUGUGAUUUAUAGGAUAUUUAUUUGUAUCAAAAUAUGUUUUACCUGCAGGCUGCAAUGUUUUUAUUUGUUGGCUUUAUGUAUGCUAUUUUUUAGUCUACAUAGUUGGCAAUGGCAAUAUAAGUUAAUUGGCAAUAUAAGUUACUUUUAGAAUUUUGAUGAACCAUAUAAUGAUUUUGAGAUACUAAGACUUUAUUAUAAAUGAAACUAAACUUUUACACGACAAUGAGACUUUUGAAAAUAAUAACUGGCAGGCAGAUUGGUAGAAAUGGUAAGAUAAAUUGACACUCCAAAUUGAAAAGGUUGCCGACCUGUGGUGUAGCCUAUUACCGGCAACUUCAAGGUCAUCAGCAAGGGGAGGAGGGUUGGGAACAGGUUUUUUAAGACAAUCAGAAAUACUAUCAGUUCCUCAUAUGGGCACAUUUAUAGGUCUACAUUUGUGCGCAAACCAGGUAGCCUUGGCCUACUUCUAUGCAUAAUCUGGCGCGCAUCAUUAAUGAACAUUGACAGGAGCGCUACAAACAAAAGACAAUCCAAACAUUGAUAACUCCGUAAAUGGAAUGAAAUAAACCAAAAACACGUUCCUCACAAGCGUAGCUUAGGUUGUGCGGUCGCAAAUAACGUAUCCACUCCGACAAUGCCAUAAAGAAAUGUAUUUUUUGCGACUGCUCGACCAACAGCCUAUCGAACAGUUGACUAAAUGGGGUCAGCCCUAAAGCACACAUCUCAAGUUAGGAUUUAGCCCCAAUCUUCCAAAGCCCUCCCUCUGAUUAUUAGUGUCAUUGCCAAUGACCAAUACAUUUCCAACAGCUCCCUCUUUCAAGAGACUAUUAUGCAAACCAUAACCAAAUCCCAGUUGGCACGCAGUGUUUAAUUAUCUCCUUUGAGGAAAUGAUUGCAUAGACAAUGGACUUCCACUUUAUUCAGGUAUAUGGGUUAUGAAGAGUGGUCAUUGGAUGGAAAAAUCUAUUAAGUAAUAGUGAGGUAAAAAUCAAAGAACAGAUUGGUGGAAAAACAUCAUGCCAACAGCAACAUUCAGGACUUUUGACAAAACUUAAAAUGUCACAUGAUCUUUGAGCAGCAAUUUAGUACACAAGAGUAAUCAAGCUUUAAUCCUAUCUCUUACCAUAAUCUGUGAAACACAAACAUGCAGUAGGGUUGGGCAGUAUCCAGAUUUUCAGAUCAUAACAUCCUUUUCUCAUACCGGGAUAUUACGGUAUUACAGGCUUCGUACACAAGGCGGCGCAAAAACACAGCAAAAACAAACAAACAUUGGGCGUCUAACAGAAUGUUAACAAAAUUAGCACAGGUAAUAGCGAAUUUCAAUGGGGGCUGACUAAAUAUGCUAACGGGCGCCAACGAAAAUAAAGGAAUUGCAAAAACAGGCAAUCCAGCUCAUAAAGUUAUACAUAUAUAGUUAGGAGCUACCAAAUGUUAUUUUUGGUGAGUUUGGACAUUUACAAGUGAAUGUGAACGUGAGACACUGUGCAAAUUAACAAAGUUCUGAUGCAUGCUUGUCUGAAGGAAGAACACUACUGGCUCUGAAGCAGCAUGUGUAGACUACACAUUGUGCCCGUGUGGAGUCUGGAGUCGCUAGGGCAACUGGCCUGCCUGCUCUGAGAAGAUGGCAGGCAGAAAGCUAACACGAUAUGAUGCCUCCACUUUA